GCUCUGAGCCUCGGGACCGCGGAACUACUGCCUUUGUUUGGGAACCACGAUGUCCUGGGAGGUCUGGUGUGCAUGUGGUCAGUGGCGAUCACCAGAUGGGCACUGAUCUGCAGUCUGCUCCUUUCCAACGUGGACCUCAAGCAAAGAGCGGUGAUGAAGCGCUGGUCCGCGGCUCACUGCUUCCUCGGCUCUGUGUAUGAGAGCUGUAGACAAGUGAUGUUUGGAGGUCCGCUUGAGAGUGGCGCUGCUCCGCUGGAGAACCCCUGGCAGCCCUGGUUCCUGGUUUUAAACACGGUGGCAGCAGCUGCUGCCUGUCUUUUCUGGGAGAUCACAUUCCCUGAUUCAAAUGGAGAAAGUAACGGGAAAGAAAAGAAGCAGAAAGCCAGGGUUCUCUUCAUGAGAGUCCUUCGUUUCUAUAGACCGGACUACCUGCUUCUGCUGGGGGCUUUUGUCUUCUUAUCCGCAGCCGUCCUCUGCGAAAUGUUUAUUCCUUUUUACACCGGGAAGGUAAUUGACAUCCUUGGUACCCAGUACCAUUGGCAUGAUUUCCGCGCAGCGAUCUUCUUCAUGGGUCUUUUCUCCAUCACCAGGUUAGUAGCAAUGGCUCGGCUCCAUUUUGGUGCCUCCCAAAGAAGCAAACUUUUUGACUGUUUAUAAAAUCUGUGGGGUUCCUUUGUGUAUGAAGUGCUAACUUUGCGAUGUCUAUGGUUUUUCAGCUCACUGAGUGCAGGCUGCCGAGGAGGCCUCUUCAUGUGUGCCAUUAGCAGUUUCACCAGCAGAGUGAAGGUCAAACUCUUUGGUGCCUUGGUGCACCAGGAGAUUGGCUUUUUCGAAUUAACUAAAACUGGUGACCUCACAUCCAGGCUGUCUACAGACACCACUCUAAUGGCACGUGCAGUGGCCCUGAACGUCAAUGUGCUGCUGAGGACCUUGAUCAAGACCCUGGGCAUGUUGUCCCUCAUGUGCAGCCUGUCCUGGAAGUUGACUGUGUUGAUGCUGAUGGAGACACCAGCCACUGGACUGCUGCAGAGUAUCUAUGAUGCAUACUAUCAGAGGCUGUCAAGGGAGGUUCAAGACUCCAUGGCUCGAGCAAACGAUGUGGCGGGUGAGGCUGUGGCGGGCAUUAGGAGUGUGCGAAGCUUCAGCACAGAGAAGAGCGAGUCCCUGCGCUAUGGCAACAAGCUGCUGGACACUCACAAACUUAUUGUGCGCAGGGACACAGUCAGAACCCUUUAUCUGCUGCUACGGAGGCUGACAGGGAUGGCGAUGCAGGUAGCCAUGUUGUAUUAUGGCAGGAGGUUCAUCCAGUCUGGACAAAUGACAACAGGGAACCUGGUGUCCUUCAUCCUCUACCAAACAGACCUGGGAGACAACAUCAGGACCUUGAUUUACAUCUUUGGCGACAUGCUGAACUCAGUUGGUGCAGCAGGCAAGGUGUUUGAGUACCUGGACAGGAAGCCCCAGGUCAGCACAGAUGGGAUUCUGCAGCCAGAUACUCUGAGAGGACAUGCCCAGUUCCACAACCUCACCUUCUCCUACCCAACACGCCCAGACCGACCUGUCCUGCAGGGCUUCUCCUUGGAACUGAAACCGGGACAGAUGACUGCACUCGUGGGACCGUCUGGUGGGGGUAAAAGCACCUGUGUCAGUCUGCUGGAGAGAUUCUACCAACCACAGGAGGGGGAGAUCCUGCUGGAUGGACAACCCCUUCAGAGCUACCAGCAUCAGUACCUCCAUAGCAAGGUAGCCAUGGUGGGUCAGGAACCUGUGUUGUUCUCAGGGUCCAUCAGGGACAAUAUCACCUAUGGCCUGAAAAACUGCCCUUUGGAGAAGGUGUAUGACGCUGCACAGAAAGCCAAUGCUCAUGGGUUCAUCAGCCAACUAGAACAUGGUUAUGACACAGAUGUGGGAGAGCGAGGAGGUCAGCUCUCCGGGGGUCAGAAGCAGCGCAUCGCCAUUGCAAGAGCUCUGAUCAGAGAGCCACAGAUCCUCAUCCUGGAUGAGAUCACCAGCUGCUUAGACACGGAGACCGAACACAUGAUCCAGCAGGCCUUGGUCAGCUGCCCCUCCCAGACUCUACUGGUUAUUGCCCACAAGCUGAAGACAGUGGAGAAAGCAGAUCAGAUUGUUUUGAUUGACAAUGGCACAGUACUAGAGAAGGGCACUCACCAGGAGCUGAUGGACAGAAAGGGCAGCUACUACAGGCUCAGGGAGAAGAUCUUUACUGAGAACAGCCCACAAAACUCACACAAGUUUAACACAGGAAUUAAGUGCAUCAUGUACAGUGCGCUGGUGUACGUGUCUACGGUGUGUUUGGACACAGCGAUCCUCUGCGCUCUGAGCCUCGGGACCGCGGAACUGCUGCCUUUGUUUGGGAACCACGAUGUCCUGGGAGGUCUGGUGUGCAUGUGGUCAGUGGCGAUCACCAGAUGGGCACUGAUCUGCAGUCUGCUCCUUUCCAACGUGGACCUCAAGCAAAGAGCGGUGAUGAAGCGCUGGGCCGCGGCUCACUGCUUCCUCGGCUCUGUGUAUGAGAGCUGUAGACAAGUGAUGUUUGGAGGUCCGCUUGAAAGUGGUGCUGGUCCGCUGGAGAACCCCUGGUUCCUGGUUUUAAACACAGUAGCAGCUGCUGCUACUUGUCUCUUUUGGGAGAUCACAUUCCCUGAUUCAAACAAGGAAAACAACAGGAAAGAAAAGAAGCAGAAGACUAUGGUAUUGUUUAUUAGAGUGAUCUGCUUCCUGAAAAAAGAUCUUGUAAUUCUUGCAGGGGCACUGAUCUUUUUGUUUCUGGCGGUCCUUUGUGAGCUCUUUGCUCUUUUACAAACUGGAAAGAUAAUUGAUGCUCUGGGCUCCCCAUCCCACUGGAAUGACUUCCCAUCUGCUCUUUUCCUCAUGAGUCUCUUCUCCUUUGGCAACACACUCAGUGUAGGUUGUCGAGAAGGUUUCUUCAGCUGUGCCAUCAGCAGUUUCACACGCAAGGUGAAGGUCCAGCUCUUCGGUUCCCUGGUGUUCCAGGAGAUCGGCUUCUUUGAAUCAACUAAAACUGGGGAUCUUGCAUCCAGGCUGUCUGCAGACACUGGUCUGAUGGGACACGUCGUUUCUUUGAGUACCAACCUCCUACUGAGGACCCUAAUUGAGUUACUGGGCAUAAUGGUUGUCAUGUUCGGUCUGUCCUGGAAGCUGACCUUACUGAUCCUGAUGGAGAUACCUCUCACUAGCCUGCUGCAGAGCAUCUAUGACACAUACUACCAGAGGUUUUCAAAGGAGAUUCUUGACUCCAUGGCACGGGCAAACGAUGUGGCGAGUGAGGUCAUGGCAGGCAUUAGGACUGUGCGGAGCUUCAACAUGGAGCGAAACGAGGCCCUGCGCUACAGUAAAACGCUGCUGGAAAUCCACAGCCUGAGGACCCGCAGAGAUGUAGUCCGAAGCAUCUAUGGGCUGCUCCGGAAGGUGACUGACCUGGGAAUACGGGUUGCCAUGCUGUGCUAUGGGCAAAAGUUGAUCCUUUCUGGUCAAAUGAGCACAGGUACCCUGGUCUUCUUCAUCUUUUACCAGAGGGACCUGGGAAACAGAAUAAAAACUUCAGUUUGGAUUCUUGGUGACAUUGUGAACUCUCUGAGUACAGCUGAGAAAGUGUUUGAGUACCUGGACAGGAAGCCCCAGGUGAGCACAGAUGGGACCCUGCAGCCAGAUACUCUGAGAGGACACAUCCAGUUCCACAAUCUUACCUUCUCCUAUCCAGCUUACCCAGACCAGCCCGUCUUGCAGGGCCUCUCUUUGGAGGCGAAACCGGGGCAGAUGACUGCGCUCGUGGGGCCGUCUGGUGGGGGUAAGAGCACCUGUGUGAGUCUCCUGGAGCGAUUCUACCAACCACAGGAUGGUGAGAUCCUGCUGGAUGGACAGCCCCUUCAGAGCUACCAGCAUCAGUACCUCCAUAGCAAGGUUGCCAUGGUGGGUCAGCAGCCUAUAUUGUUCUCAGGGUCCAUUAGGGACAACAUUGCUUAUGGCCUGAAAAACUGCUCCAUGGAAAGGGUUAUACAGGCCGCGCAGAAAGCCAACGCCCACGAGUUCAUCAGCCAGCUGGAACACGGCUAUGACACAGAUGUUGGGGAACACGGGGGUCAGCUCUCUGGGGGUCAGAAGCAACGCAUCGCCAUCGCCAGAGCUCUGAUCAGAGAGCCACAGGUACUCAUCCUGGAUGAGAUCACCAGCUGCCUGGACACAGAGAGUGAGCAAAUGGUUCUGCAGGCCUUGGCCAACUGCCCCUCCCAAACCCUACUGGUUAUUGCUCACAGACUGAAGACGGUUGAGAGGGCAGAUCAGAUCUUUUUGAUUGACAGAGGGGUUAUAAUAGAGAAGGGAACUCACCAUGAGCUGAUGGAGAAGAGGGGCAAGUACUACAAACUCAGAGAAAUGAUCUUUACAGAAAAAGGUCUAGAAAACUGACGUUAAUAAUGUUGUUCAACAACAUAUAAUGUUACUUGUAUAACUUAACACAGAAGAUUGCUGUUAUCUGACUUGCACUCUCAUGGGCUUUCCAUAAAUGCAUGAAGCUGAUUUAAAAAUAAUUUUGUAGAUGGUUUCUAUGUUUACAUUGUGCAAACCACUUACCUGCUCUGGUAUGGACUGUCUUGGAUGCUUGCGUACCAUGAAUAAUACCUGUUGUCUCUGAAUGUACUAAUCGUUUCUGCAGCGAAAGUGUGUAUUCACACAUUAAUGUAAAAGUGAGUGAAAGGUGCUUAUUUUCUGUAAAUAGACCAUAUAACACAUUUAAUAGUGUGUAAAUAUAA